CGCCGGAACUCGAGCCGCAGCUCCAGGACCCCGCGCCGGAAGCGGCUCGUCAGCGCCGCCUUUCUCUGCGGAGCGGGUUUUCCUGGGGUUCAAGCUGCCCGGCGGCCACGCGGUGGUGCGAGCCGCUCUCAAGCGCUUUUGCAGGUCACAAUGUCGCACCCUUCCCCCCAGGCCAAGCCCUCCAACCCCAGUAACCCCCGCGUCUUCUUGGACGUGGACGUCGGAGGGGAGCGAGUUGGUCGAAUUGUCUUAGAAUUGUUUGCAGAUAUUGUACCCAAAACUGCAGAAAAUUUUCGUGCGUUGUGUACAGGAGAAAAAGGCAUUGGCCCCACCACUGGGAAACCUCUGCAUUUCAAAGGAUGCCCUUUCCAUCGAAUUAUUAAGAAAUUUAUGAUUCAGGGUGGCGACUUCUCAAAUCAGAAUGGGACAGGUGGAGAAAGUAUUUAUGGUGAAAAAUUUGAAGAUGAAAAUUUCCAUUAUAAGCACGAUAAGGAGGGCCUGCUGAGCAUGGCAAACGCCGGCUGCAACACCAAUGGGUCCCAGUUCUUCAUCACGACCGUCCCAACGCCUCACUUGGAUGGGAAACACGUGGUGUUUGGCCAAGUCAUUAAAGGAAUGGGUGUGGCGAGGAUUCUGGAAAAUGUGGAAGUGAAAGGGGAAAAACCUGCCAAAUUGUGCGUUAUUGCAGAAUGCGGGGAGUUGAAGGACGGGGAUGACUGGGGAAUAUUCCCAAAAGACGGUUCUAGUGACAGUCAUCCGGAUUUCCCUGAGGAUGCGGACAUCAAUUUAAAAGACGUAGAUAAAAUUUUAUUGAUAACAGAAGACUUAAAGAACAUUGGAAAUACUUUUUUCAAAUCCCAGAACUGGGAGAUGGCUAUUAAAAAGUACACAAAAGUUUUAAGGUACGUGGAAGCGUCCAAGGCUGUCACCCAGGAGGCCGACGCAGCCAAGCUGCAGCCCGUGGCUUUAAGCUGCGUGCUGAACAUCGGCGCCUGUAAACUGAAGAUGUCCGACUGGCAGGGCGCAGUCGACAGUUGUCUGGAGGCACUUGAAAUAGACCCAUCAAACACCAAAGCCCUGUACCGGAGGGCCCAGGGAUGGCAAGGAUUAAAAGACUACGAUGAAGCAUUGGCUGAUCUUAAGAAGGCUCAGGAGAUUGCACCGGAAGAUAAAGGUGCUUGUUGAGCAGGUGUCACGGACGCCUGCUACCGGCCGGGCCUCGAAACGCUGCCCUGAGCCCAUCAGGGGCCCCGCCUUCAGAGCUCACACCCUGGUCCCUCCCAGAAAACUCAUGUUCACGUGUCUGAACAGUUCACUCUACUGUAUCGCUUGGCGACUGGUUCCUAGUCUGUCAUUCUGGAUGAAGAGCGGCAUUAGAAAACACAGUAUUUAAUGUUUGGCAGCAUUCCUUAAGCUGCACACGGCCGUAGCUUAAAUACUUCAGCCACUGGGUGUGUUGUAGGAGCGUCUUGGAAAGCUUCGGGCACCACGCAGUUAAUGGUCUGACUUGCUUGUUUUUCAAAUAAACCAACUACAAAUAGCGAUACUAGAUCUGGAUGUUAGAAUACAUCUUGGUCUCACUGCUGAAGUGAAGCAAGGGCCACACUUGGUGUCCUCCCUUGUGGAGACGGAGAAGGCGGACUUCAUUAGUCUCUUGGUUGACAGUCUUCUAGAACACUUCAUGGUUUGUGUGAUCGCUUUUGCAGAGUAAAAUACUCUGUUACCAGGGCUCAGUUCCACUUUAGAAGGAGUUUAUGAGGGGGAGUAACUGUCACCCUAAUUAUUGGAUGUUUGGAGAAUAACUCA